AUGCCUAGUCCAGCGAAGAAGAGAAAGAUCAAUGGAUCCACAUCUACGCGAAGUAUUGAAUCUUUCUUUUCCAACCAGAAUGCGCAGCCAGCAGCAACGUCGAAACUGAGUACAGAGAUUAUUGAAGAUAGUAAGCAAUUUUUGACCGACGAGGAGCUUGCUCGGAAAUUGCAAGACGAAUGGAAUCAAGUCGMCCCGCCUAUAGUACAGGAAUCGCUCCCACUUAGGACAGAAGAAAGCAAACCACCAGGCAAAGGAUUGGAUGAAGCGCAAUCGCCGAUAUCAAAGGCGCCAGAAAUUACAUCGCAGAUACAGAUCUCAAAAUUUCACGUAACUCAGAAAGAUACGUUAAGUUUGCAAUCUUCUUUGGGCUCGGAAGAUACUAUUGUCUCAAACAUACCUCUCGAUGAAAGCCCAUUGACAUUCGACCCAGCCAAAUACCUGCCUGAACUGCAGAAGCACUGGUCACAAGAUGGCGGAGACGCCUCUUAUGCAUUUUUAACGCAAGCUUUCAUUCUCGUGAACAGCACGACAAAACGAAUCAAAAUAGUUGACACACUAGUCAAUCUCUUGCGCAUAUUGAUCGAAGGCGCACCUGACAGUCUGUUGCCUGCGGUAUGGCUAGCAACGAACUCCUUUGCUCCGCCGUAUGAACCUGCAGAGCUAGGUCUCGGAGGUUCUGUGAUAUCCAAAGCUUUCAAGAACAUAUAUGGAUUAAAUGCGCAGGGAUUAAAGACCCUCUAUAACAAGCACGGCGACGCAGGAGAUGUGGCUUUUGAAGCAAAGAAGAGGCAGAGCUUCACUCUCAAGAAACCAAAGCCACUGACGAUCAAAGGUGUCUAUCAGUCGUUGGUCAAAAUUGCGAGAAGCAAAGGAACCGGUAGUCAGGAAACCAAGCAGCGAAUUGUUGAAAGGCUGCUGCAGGAUAGUCGAAGUGCCGAAGAGUCUCGCUAUAUCGUACGCACUUUGGUUCAGCAUUUGCGUAUCGGUGCUGUCAAGACCACGAUGCUUAUCGCACUCGCACGAGCUUUUUUAUUUUCUAAGCCGCCAGAUGCUGUAUUCACUACGAAGGGCAUGGACUCUUUACUAAAAUUGAAGAAAGAAGAACUUAAUGAACUAUAUUUGAGGGCAGAGGAGACCGUCAAGGCAUCUUAUGCAAGACAUCCAAAUUAUGAUGACUUGGUGCCGUGUUUACUCGAGAUUGGGGUUACGGAAGAAUUGCUCGUGCGCUGCGGACUCACCUUACAUGUACCUCUACGACCUAUGUUGGGUAGCAUCACACGCGAUCUUUCAGAUAUGCUCACCAAGUUGCAAGGACGAGACUUUGCUUGCGAAUACAAAUACGAUGGGCAACGAGCGCAAGUUCACUGUGACUCGUACGGCAAAGUUAGCAUAUUUUCUCGUCACCUUGAACUGAUGACCGAUAAGUAUCCGGAUCUGGUCUCUCUCGUUCCGCAUAUUAGAGGAGGAUCCGUAUCGAGCUUUAUUCUCGAAGGCGAAGUAGUCGCCGUUGACCAAGAAACUGGCGAUCUUCAGGCAUUUCAAAUACUGACGAAUCGAGCCAAGAAGAAUGUUGAAAUAGGAAGCAUCAAAGUCAAUGUCUGCCUAUUUGCGUUCGAUUUAAUGUAUUUGAAUGGAGAGCCUCUUCUUGCUCGGUCGUUUCGGGAGCGUCGAGAUAUGCUUCGAAGUCUUUUUACGGAAAUACCCAAACGAUUUACAUGGGUGAAGAACCUCGAUGCUACAUCGGGGGAUUCAGAGGCGGUUCUGGAGUUCUUCAAGAGCGCAACAGACGUCAAGUGUGAGGGCAUCAUGGUGAAGGUUCUUGAUAAUGAUUUGAAUUCUGGAAAUGGAGGGACGAAUCCUGGCGUCGAGGAUCGAGGAAAUCUUGAAGUAGAUGAUGAAGCCCAAGAUAAACGAUUGACGAAGAAGAAGGAUAAAAGCACAAGACGGAAAGCUCUACUCUCCACCUACGAGCCCGACAAGAGACUUGAGUCCUGGUUAAAAGUGAAAAAGGACUACAGCACGUCCUCGGAUACUCUCGACCUUAUCCCCAUAGCAGCCUGGCAUGGCAGCGGACGCAAAGCCAAAUGGUGGUCUCCGAUCCUCCUUGCCGUCCGCAAUCCCGAGACGGGUGUCCUCGAAGCCGUCACGAAAUGCAUGUCUGGCUUUACCGACAAAUUCUAUCAAAGCAACAAAGAGAAAUACGCCGAAGACAGCGAGAAUGUCAUCUCUCGGCCAAGCUACAUAGACUACGCAGGACAUCCGGAUGUAUGGUUUGCGCCGCAAGAAGUAUGGGAAAUGGCGUUUGCAGAUAUCACACUGAGUCCGACGUACACUGCUGCUAUUGGUCUGGUCAGCGACGAGAGGGGUUUGAGUCUACGAUUUCCGCGAUUCUUGCGGGUUCGAGAGGACAAGUCUAUUGACGAGGCGAGUACAUCGGAUUUUCUAGCUGGGUUAUGGCGAAAACAAAUGGAGCGAGCGCGAGAGGAAGAGGGGGCGGCGGUGGAUCCCGCAGUGGAUGAUGAUAUCGAGGAGCAGGACGAACAGGCCUAUGGCGAACUGGACGAGUGA